AUGGUUUGGUGUAAUCAUCCAAAAUGUAAAAUUGAGUGGUAUCAUCGUGAAUGCGUAGGACUUACUCGAUAUUCAUCAGAUCAGCCGUGGUUAUGCUCUGAUUGUGAAUCUCAUCAUCAACCACAAUCAGAUUCUUCUCCCUCAUCUCAUGAUGCUGCUGCUGCUGCAAAACCUUCACAAACAUCAUUGUCACAACAACAGCAUCAGCAGCGACAUCAAAAUCAGCCAAUCACAUUUUCAUCUCCAAAUAUUUACAAAUCAUCUUUGCAACUGACAACUGAAUUAGAAAUAAAUAAAUGGUGGGAUAAUGUGAUAAGUAUAUUUACUUCUUCAUAUUAUGCUUCUCGUAUAUUAUUAUCUAUACCUCAUGAUUUAACUGACACUAUAAAUACCCCUUGGGGUACAAAGGCAAUUUAUAAUCGUGAAUAUCGUUUCAAAAAUCACAAUAGUUCCGACAAUAAUCAUAAUCAUGGCAGCAAAAAUGAAGAUUUUAAUGAUGAUAGUUUUAAAAGUUAUUAUCAUACCGAGGAUUUAACGACUACUUGUAAUUAUUCUUUAUCAUCGUCGUCAUCGUCAGCACCUUCAUCUUUUUCAAAAGAUGAUAAUAAUCACUCGAGAAUAUAG